UCUCUUGAGUCGACUUCGCUGCGUUGAAGAGCGCUGUAGCCAAAAUGACGAUCCGCUUCAAUAUAUUGUUAGCGUCUUUUGCGGCCGUGCUUAUGCUCGUUGUGAACGACUCAAAGGGUGCAAAAAUUUUGGCAAUCACUUUGCUUCCAUCGCCAAGCCAUGGAAUUUGGAACCGGGUUUUACUGGAGGCGCUGGCAGCCAAGGGACAUCAAGUCACUGCAUACUUGCCGUUUGUGGGAAAGAAUAAGACUCAUGAAAUCACCUAUCACGAAAUUGAAGGAUAUUUUCCCGACGAAGAUAUCCUCGAUUUUGCCGAUUUAAGUAUAAAGGAACACUUGGAGAUUUUAUGGAUGUACGGUGAUGGCAUCAGCGAAAUUCAAAAGAAAGCCGACUCGCUAAAAAAUAAGCUGGUGAAAGAAAGUCAAAACCAGUACGACUUGGUAAUAUUUGAAUUGUGUUACGGCGAGUACGCGGCGACCCUGCUUCCAAGUUUUAAUGCGCCAAUUGUUGCAAUAAAUGCGUACGCCGAUGGAUUUUGGCACUGGGACCAAAUGGGUGUCGAAAACUACCCGUCCGCAUUUGCGCAACCCCUGAUGACUUUCAGGCCUCCCAUGAGCUUUUUGGAACGCACUGUGAAUUUCGUCACGCUCAGUUAUGACAGAUUUUUGUACAGCCAAUAUUUAAAACGUCAACAACAUGUAGCUCAUGAAACAUUUGGCAAAAAUAUUGCGCAAAUUGAAGAAGUCCAGAAAACCUAUGACUUCUUACUGGUCAACUCCGGGCCCCCGGGCAUCAACCCCGGAAGGUCGUUGCCCCCGAAUGUCAAGGAGGUUGGCUGCCUUCAAUGCCGACCUGCUGAUCUCGGCAGACUUCAAAAGGAUGUAAAAGAAUUUCUUGACAGCGCCACUGACGGCUUCAUUUUCUUUAGUCUGGGCACAAAUAUAAAAAGCAGCAUUCUCCCUAAACAAGUCAUUGCGGAUAUUUUAGAGGUGUUUGGUAAACUGAAGGUAAAAGUUCUGUGGAAAUUUGAAAAGGAUGAUUUACCUGGAAAGACACAAAACGUCAUGAUCAACAAGUGGCUCUCACAGCAAGACGUUCUUGGCCACAAAAAUGCUCGCCUAUUUAUAUCUCACGAUGGUCUUCUGAGUACUCAAGAGGCCACAUACCAUGGGGUGCCUUUGUUUGUGAUGCCUUUUCUUCUGGAUCAGCAUAAAAAUGCAGAGACCGUGAUCAGUGCAGAUGUUGGCGUCAAAAUGAAAUACAAAGAUUUCUCAAAGGAGCGAUUUGAGGCUGCGAUUAAAGAAGUCUUGAACAACCCUCGAUAUAAAAGCAACGCAUUGAGACGGUCAGAAAUUGCGAGGGAUUCUCUGCACACACCGUUGGAGGAAGCAGUCUUUUGGGUCGAAUACGUAAUUCGCCACAAAGGGGCCAAACACCUUCGACCCGCCGGCCAACACCUCAACUGGAUCCAACUUUAUUCAAUUGAUGUUAUUGCAUUUUUGCUGCUGCCAGUUGUUUUUGUAAUUUUUGCUUUAAAAAUGUUGAUGGGAUUUUUCUCAAAGAAAAAUAAAGUGAAAAGAAGUUGAAUAAAAUUGUAAUUUUAUAAAACAAAA